GGCAGUUCGAGGGAGGAGGCUGAGGGAAAGGGCAAAGCAAACGGGCCUCGGCCGGGAGAAGCGGGGAAGGAGCCCGGGAAGCGCCGGGAAACGACAGCGGCUGUCGUUGGGUCGGAGGCCCGCAGAAGGGGCCGGAGCCCGGCACACUUGAUGUCCCAAGCUCUGUCCUGCCGCCACCAUGUCGGGGACGGUCAUCAUCCUCCAGCAGUUUGCUGGUGGCCUCAAGAGCCGCAACGAAGAGGCCAGGGCCAAGGCUGCCAAAGAGCUGCAACAUUACGUGACCAUGGAGCUCCGAGAGAUGAGCCAGGAGGAAUCCACCCGCUUUUACGACCAGCUUAAUCACCACAUCUUUGAGCUGGUCUCCAGUUCAGAUGCAAACGAGAGGAAGGGAGGCAUUUUGGCCAUAGCAAGCCUCAUCGGCAUCGAGGGAGGCAAUGCCACCCGCAUUGGCCGCUUUGCCAACUACUUAAGGAACCUCCUCCCUUCCAAUGACCCCGUUGUUAUGGAGAUGGCCUCCAAGGCCAUUGGGCGCCUGGCCAUGGCGGGUGACACCUGUACAGCGGAAUACGUGGAGUUUGAAGUCAAGCGGGCUUUGGAGUGGCUGGGAGCGGACCGGAACGAAGGGCGGAGGCAUGCAGCCGUCUUGGUCCUGCGAGAGCUGGCAAUCAGUGUCCCCACCUUCUUCUUCCAGCAAGUCCAGCCAUUCUUUGACAACAUCUUCAUCGCCGUGUGGGAUCCGAAACAGGCCAUCCGCGAGGGGGCGGUUUCCGCCUUACGGGCCUGCCUCAUUCUGACUACCCAGCGGGAGUCGAAAGAGAUGCAGAAGCCACAGUGGUACCGACAUACCUAUGAAGAAGCCGAGAAAGGUUUUGAUGAGACUGUGGCCAAGGAGAAAGGCAUGAACCGUGACGACCGAAUCCAUGGUGCCUUGCUGAUCUUGAACGAGCUGGUCAGAAUCAGCAGCAUGGAGGGAGAGCGCCUCCGAGAAGAGAUGGAGGAGAUCACCCAGCAGCAGAUGGUGCACAAGUACUGCAAGGACCUGCUGGGCUUCGGGGCCAAGCCGCGCCACAUCACCCCCUUCGCCAACUUCCAGUCCGUGCAGCCCCAGCAGUCUAAUGCCCUGAUGGGGCUACUGGGCUACAGCCCCAGCCCGACCAUCGUGGGCUUCGGCGCCUCGCCUGCCCCAGCCAAGACGACCUUGGUCGAGAGCCGGUGCUGCAGGGAGCUGAUGGAAGAGAAGUUCGACCAGGUGUGCUACUGGGUUCUGAAGUGUCGGAGCAGCAAGAACUCUCUCAUCCAGAUGACGGUCCUCAGUUUGUUACCGAGGCUGGCUGCUUUCCGGCCUUCGGCUUUCACAGCUGACCACUACCUUCCAGACACCAUGAACCACGUCCUGAGCUGCGUUAAGAAAGAGAAGGAGCGGACAGCUGCGUUCCAGGCCCUGGGCUUGCUUUCCGUGGCUGUGCGGUCAGAAUUCCAGGUGUACCUGCCCAAAGUCUUGGAGAUCAUCAAGGCUGCCCUCCCGCUGAAGGACUUCACCCACAAGAGGCAGAAGUCGGUGCAGGUGGAUGCCACGGUCUUCACGUGCAUCAGCAUGCUGGCGCGGGCCAUGGGGCCCUCCAUCCAGCAAGACAUCAAGGAGCUUCUGGAGCCCAUGCUGGCCGUGGGGCUGAGCCCUGCUCUGACGGCCGUGCUGUACGACUUGAGCCGCCAGAUCCCGCAGCUGAAGAAGGAGAUCCAGGACGGGCUACUGAAGAUGCUUUCCUUGGUCCUGAUGCACAAGCCUCUGCGGCACCCGGGCAUGCCCAAGGGCCUGGCGCACCAGCUGGCUUCUCCCAGCCUCACCAACAUCCCCGAGGCCACCGACGUGGGCAGCAUCACCCUGGCGCUCCGCACCCUGGGCAGCUUCGAGUUCGAAGGGCAUUCGCUGACCCAGUUUGUCCGGCACUGUGCGGAUCACUUCCUCAACAGCGAGCACAAGGAGAUCCGGAUGGAAGCCGCUCGCACCUGUUCGCGCCUCCUCACCCCGUCCAUCCACCUGAUCAGUGGGCACGCCCACGUCGUCAGCCAGACUGCCGUGCAGGUGGUGGCCGACGUCCUGAGCAAGCUGCUGGUGGUCGGGAUCACAGACCCAGACCCUGACAUCCGCUACUGUGUGCUGGCUUCCCUGGACGAGCGCUUUGACACCCACCUGGCCCAGGCGGAGAACCUGCAGGCGCUCUUUGUGGCCCUGAACGACCAGGUCUUCGAAAUCCGCGAGCUGGCCAUCUGCACGGUGGGCCGGCUGAGCAGCAUGAACCCCGCUUUCGUCAUGCCCUUCCUGCGCAAGAUGCUGAUUCAGAUCCUGACAGAGCUGGAACACAGCGGCGUGGGCCGGAUCAAAGAGCAGAGUGCCAGGAUGCUGGGGCACUUGGUCUCCAACGCCCCGCGGCUUAUUCGCCCCUAUAUGGAGCCCAUCCUCAAGGCGUUGAUCGUGAAACUGAAAGAUCCCGACCCUGAUCCGAACCCCGGCGUGAUCAAUAACGUUCUGGCAACCAUAGGCGAGCUGGCUCAGGUGAGUGGGCUGGAGAUGAGGAAAUGGGUGGAUGACCUCUUCAUCAUCAUCAUGGACAUGCUUCAGGACUCCUCUUUACUUGCCAAGAGACAGGUGGCUCUCUGGACCCUGGGCCAGCUGGUAGCCAGUACCGGCUACGUGGUGGAACCCUACCGGAAGUACCCGACUCUGCUGGAGGUGUUGUUGAACUUCCUCAAGACAGAGCAGAACCAGGGCACCCGGAGAGAGGCCAUCCGCGUCCUGGGUCUCUUGGGGGCUCUCGAUCCGUACAAGCACAAGGUGAACAUUGGCAUGAUAGACCAGUCUCGGGACGCCUCUGCCGUCAGCCUGUUUGAGUCUAAAUCCAGCACAGAUUCUUCCGACUACAGCACCAGCGAGAUGCUGGUCAACAUGGGCAACUUGCCGCUGGACGAGUUCUACCCGGCCGUCUCCAUGGUCGCCCUGAUGAGGAUCUUCCGGGACCAGUCCUUGUCCCACCACCACACCAUGGUGGUCCAGGCCAUCACCUUCAUCUUCAAGUCCCUGGGGCUCAAGUGCGUUCAGUUCCUGCCACAGGUCAUGCCCACCUUCCUCAACGUCAUCCGGGUGUGUGACGGGGCCAUCCGCGAGGUAAAAGAAGACGGUGAGAGUGUGCUGGGGAGAAGAGCAGAGUUCCUCUUCCAGCAGCUGGGAAUGCUGGUGUCCUUUGUGAGAAGCCACAUCCGACCCUAUAUGAAUGAAAUUGUCACGCUGAUGCGGGACUUCUGGGUGGUCAACAACUCCAUCCAGAGCACCAUCAUCCUCCUCAUCGAGCAGAUCGUGGUGGCCUUAGGCGGAGAGUUCAAGCUCUACCUCCCCCAGCUCAUCCCACACAUGCUCCGCGUCUUCAUGCACGACAGCAGCAGCACCCGCAGCGUCUCGACCAAGCUCCUGAACGCCAUCCAGCUGUUUGGAGCCAACCUGGAUGAUUACCUCCAUCUCUUACUGCCUCCCAUUGUCAAGCUGUUUGAUGCCCCCGACGCCCCACUGACGGCCCGCAAAGCUGCCUUAGAAACUGUGGACCGCUUGACGGAAUCUCUGGAUUUCACCGAUUACGCCUCCCGCAUCAUCCACCCAAUCGUGCGAACUCUAGACCAGAGCCCCGAGCUCCGGGCAACUGCCAUGGACACCCUCUCGUCGCUGGUCUUCCAGCUGGGAAAGAAGUACCAGAUUUUUAUCCCGAUGGUGAACAAGGUCUUGGUGCGGCACAGAAUAAACCACCAGCGAUACGACGUCCUUAUCUGUAGGAUUGUGAAGGGCUACACUCUCGCUGACGAGGAAGAAGACCCCCUGAUCUACCAGCACCGAAUGCAGAGGAGUAACCAAGGAGAGGCCCUCGCCAGCGGCCCUGCGGACACGGGGCCCAUGAAGAAGCUGCACGUCAGCACCAUCAACCUGCAGAAGGCCUGGGGUGCGGCACGGAGAGUCUCCAAAGACGACUGGCUGGAGUGGCUGCGGAGGCUGAGCCUGGAGCUGCUGAAAGAUUCCUCGUCGCCCUCCCUGCGCUCCUGCUGGGCUCUGGCCCAGGCCUACAACCCGAUGGCCAGGGACCUCUUCAACGCCGCCUUUGUGUCGUGCUGGUCCGAGCUGAACGAAGACCAGCAGGACGAGCUGAUCCGCAGCAUUGAGUUGGCGCUGACGUCUCAGGACAUCGCAGAGGUCACUCAGACCCUCCUGAAUCUGGCCGAGUUCAUGGAGCACAGUGAUAAGGGCCCUCUGCCUUUAGGGGACGAUAACGGCAUCGUCCUCCUGGGGGAGCGAGCGGCCAAGUGCCGGGCGUACGCCAAGGCCUUGCAUUACAAGGAGCUGGAGUUCCAGAAAGGCCCGACGCCGGCGAUCCUGGAGGCCCUCAUCAGCAUUAACAAUAAAUUGCAACAGCCCGAGGCAGCCUCUGGGGUCCUGGAGUAUGCCAUGAAGCACUUCGGGGAGCUGGAAAUCCAGGCCACCUGGUACGAGAAGCUGCACGAGUGGGAAGACGCCCUGGUUGCCUAUGACAAGAAGAUGGACACCAAUAAGGACGACCCCGAGUUGAUGCUGGGACGCAUGCGCUGCCUAGAAGCCCUGGGGGAAUGGGGGCAGCUCCACCAGCAGUGCUGUGAGAAGUGGACCCUGGUGAAUGACGAGACCCAGGCGAAGAUGGCGCGGAUGGCGGCAGCGGCUGCUUGGGGAUUAGGUCAGUGGGACAGCAUGGAGGAGUAUACCUGCAUGAUCCCGAGGGACACCCACGACGGCGCCUUCUACCGAGCGGUGCUGGCCCUGCACCAGGACCUCUUCUCGCUGGCCCAGCAGUGCAUCGAUAAAGCCCGAGACCUGCUAGACGCCGAGCUGACCGCCAUGGCGGGCGAGAGUUACAGCCGUGCCUACGGGGCGAUGGUGUCCUGCCAGAUGCUCUCGGAGCUGGAAGAAGUCAUCCAGUACAAACUUGUCCCGGAGCGGCGCGAGAUCAUUCGCCAGAUCUGGUGGGAGCGACUGCAGGGCUGCCAGCGAAUUGUCGAGGACUGGCAGAGGAUCCUGAUGGUCCGGUCCCUGGUGGUCAACCCCCACGAGGACAUGAGGACCUGGCUCAAGUACGCCAGCCUGUGCGGCAAGAGUGGAAGGCUGGCGUUAGCCCACAAGACCCUGGUGCUGCUCUUGGGGGUCGACCCCUCCCGGCAGCUGGAUCACCCACUGCCCACCGUUCAUCCCCAGGUGACCUACGCGUACAUGAAGCACAUGUGGAAGAGCUCCCGCAAGAUUGAUGCAUUUCAGCACAUGCAGCACUUUGUCCAGACCAUGCAGCAGCAGGCCCAACACGCCAUCGCGACCGAAGACCAGCAGCACAGGCAGGAGCUCCACAAACUCAUGGCACGGUGUUUCCUGAAACUGGGCGAAUGGCAGCUCAACCUGCAGGGCAUCAACGAGAGCACCAUCCCCAAAGUCCUGCAGUACUACAGCGCCUCCACGGAGCACGACUGCAACUGGUACAAGGCCUGGCACGCCUGGGCGGUGAUGAACUUCGAGGCUGUGCUCCACUACAAGCACCAGAACCAGGCCCGGGACGAGAAGAAGAAGCUGCGGCACGCCAGCGAGGCCAGCGUCCACACGGAGGGCAGCAACAGCGAGAGCGAGGCCGAGAGCGCCGAGAACAGCCCCGUCCCGUCCCCCGUGCAAAAGAAAGCCGCGGAGGACCUGUCCAAGACGCUCCUGAUGUACACGGUUCCUGCCGUCCAGGGUUUCUUCCGCUCCAUCUCUUUGUCCCGGGGCAACAACUUGCAGGACACACUCAGAGUCCUCACUCUGUGGUUCGACUAUGGCCACUGGCCAGAAGUCAACGAAGCGUUGGUCGAAGGGGUCAAGGCGAUCCAGAUCGAUACCUGGUUGCAGGUCAUCCCACAGCUCAUUGCUCGGAUCGACACCCCUCGCCCUCUGGUGGGCCGCCUCAUUUACCAGCUUCUCACCGAUAUCGGGAGGUACCACCCGCAGGCGCUGAUCUACCCCUUGACGGUCGCUUCCAAGUCCACCACGACGGCCCGCCACAACGCCGCCAACAAGAUCCUGAAGAACAUGUGUGAACACAGCAACACCCUCGUCCAGCAGGCGGUGAUGGUGAGCGAAGAACUGAUCCGAGUGGCCAUCCUGUGGCACGAGAUGUGGCAUGAAGGGCUGGAGGAGGCGUCCCGCCUCUAUUUCGGGGAGAGGAACGUGAAGGGGAUGUUUGAGGUGCUGGAGCCACUACACGCCAUGAUGGAGCGUGGCCCUCAGACUCUCAAGGAAACCUCCUUCAACCAGGCUUACGGCAGAGAUCUCAUGGAAGCCCAGGAGUGGUGCAGGAAGUAUAUGAAAUCCGGCAACGUCAAGGACCUCACCCAAGCCUGGGAUCUCUAUUACCACGUCUUCCGGCGCAUCUCGAAGCAACUGCCUCAGCUGACGUCUUUGGAACUCCAGUACGUUUCGCCCAAACUUCUGAUGUGCCGGGAUUUGGAACUCGCGGUCCCGGGAACAUAUGACCCCAACCAGCAAGUCAUCCGCAUUCAGUCCAUCGCCCCGUCCCUCCAAGUGAUCACCUCCAAACAGAGGCCGAGGAAACUGACGUUGAUGGGAAGCAACGGGCACGAGUUCGUGUUCCUCCUGAAGGGCCACGAAGAUCUCCGCCAAGACGAGAGAGUGAUGCAGCUUUUCGGCCUUGUGAACACGCUGCUGGCCAACGACCCCACUUCCCUCCGCAAAAACCUCAGUAUCCAGCGAUAUGCAGUUAUUCCCCUCUCGACAAACUCUGGGCUCAUCGGCUGGGUGCCCCACUGUGACACUCUGCACGCGCUCAUCCGAGACUACAGAGAGAAGAAGAAAAUCCUCCUCAAUAUCGAACACCGCAUCAUGCUGCGGAUGGCUCCUGAUUACGACCACCUCACCUUGAUGCAGAAGGUGGAAGUGUUUGAACAUGCCGUGAACAAUACAGCCGGGGACGACCUGGCCAAGCUCCUGUGGCUGAAAAGCCCCAGCUCUGAGGUGUGGUUUGACAGAAGGACCAACUACACCCGUUCCUUGGCCGUGAUGUCCAUGGUGGGAUAUAUUUUGGGCCUGGGGGACAGACACCCAUCCAACCUUAUGCUCGACCGACUGAGUGGCAAGAUUCUGCACAUUGACUUUGGGGACUGCUUUGAGGUUGCGAUGACAAGGGAGAAGUUCCCCGAGAAGAUUCCCUUCAGGCUGACUAGGAUGUUGACCAACGCCAUGGAGGUGACAGGCUUGGACGGAAACUACCGCAUCACCUGCCACACGGUGAUGGAAGUCCUGCGAGAGCACAGAGACAGUGUCAUGGCAGUCCUGGAAGCCUUCGUCUAUGACCCCUUGCUGAACUGGAGGCUGAUGGACACAAAUACAAAAGGUAAUAAGCGGUCACGAACGCGGACAGAUUCCUACUCCGCUGGCCAGUCAGUAGAAAUGCUGGACAGCGUGGAGUUGGGCGAGACGGCCCACAAGAAAGCAGGGACCACCGUACCGGAAUCCAUACAUUCCUUCAUAGGGGAUGGUCUUGUGAAGCCGGAAGCUCUGAAUAAAAAGGCUAUACAGAUUAUCAACAGGGUCCGCGAUAAACUAACCGGGCGGGACUUCUCCCACGAUGAAACGCUGGACGUGCCCACGCAAGUCGAGCUCUUGAUUAAGCAGGCGACCUCCCACGAGAACCUCUGCCAGUGCUACAUUGGAUGGUGCCCUUUUUGGUAGACGAAGGCUUGCGACGAAACACCGACCACCAUUCCUUCUGGGGGUAUUUUUGCGCCCCAUGCACACUCUUCGGAAAAGUGAGGAUUUUUAAAAAAGGACCGGGAGCAGGAAAUUGCCUUUGUCAACUAGUCUGCCAUAUAGAUGAGAAAACUCGCCAAUGGUACAUUAAGAGUGAAGCGGAUUUAUAGCUGCUGUUCCGUGGGAGGUGGGCGAAUGGCCCCUAGUGAAACCCGAGGCUUGGAAAGGCAGUUCCGGAAUGGUUUAUACGUGGACCCAACUCUAAGGAGAGUUCGGUCUUUGGGGGACUCUUAGCUUGACACACAGACUGUGGGUUUUCAAGGUACUUUGACAAAAGCAUGACUCUGUAAUGUGGUUGGGCCAUAACACAAUUCAUUUCCGUAACCUAAGUGGCCUUGCUCUUUAGCGGACUUGCCUGUCUUAAAACUUGCCCUCACACCAGCGCUUCUCAGACCUGGGUCCCCAGGUGGCGUUGGGACUACCACACUCAUCAUGCCCUGCCACCAGGGGUGAUGGGAUUUGUAGGCCAGCGCCACCUGGGGACCCAGGUUUGAGACCCUUGCCCUGAACCAGAUUGUGACUGACAGUGGGGGGAAUGAUACCCUCACGAUAGCAUGUUUCUGACUCAAUUUGCAUGGAGGGAAGAAGGUGAUCUCAGACUUUUUAGGAGCAGAGUAUCUUAAUAGGAAAUGGAACGCUGGAGAUUUUUUAGUGUGUAUCUCUGGGGAGUUUUCCAGGCUAGCAUUGAGCAAAGAGAGGAAAAUGAGAAGCUGUUACUGCUGAGCAUAAAAACAGACAUGGGUUUGGGAAAGAAACCUGGGUGAUUCCAGGGGGAGAGAAGGAUGGCGUUAAACACUAGAGUGAACUCUGAUUGUCAUUAGGAUUUUAUUAAUGAAGCAACUAUUAAGCAAAAUGCACACUGUGUACCCAUGUUUAGAUGCCAUGUUGUAGUUGAACAUUUUUGUGCCAAUAAAGGACCCAAAACGGUA